UUAUGUUGAGAAUAGAAUCAAUAAGAAGUGGAGCAGACGGCGUGGAGCCGCAGCAGCUGAUCAGUCGACCUCGUUCUCUCCUGACGCACGUUUCACAAAAGGUGACGUGAGGCCGAUGUGAGGAUGAGUAAGAGAGGGAGGAGGAGGAGCAGCCGGAGGAGGAAGAGCUCCAGCAGCAGCAAACAGAGCGUCUCACCGUACAUCUUUCACAAGCAGAACAAAAGCAACAGCGUCAGCUUCAAAGACGACGUCUUUGAAAAAGGUGAAACCGACUCGUUCCUCAGGGAAAACGUUCCGUCUGCGUCUGAAGAUGAAGAAAAAUACCACAAUUCUCCUCCAAAGGAGAAAAGGUUCAAACAAGAUCAUCACCUGAGUUCAAAUCAAAGGAGCAUUUAUACCAAAACGACCGAGGACAAAGAGAAAGGAGUGAAGAUCGUGACGUCUGUGUCCGUCAGCGACCUGGAAGAUUCACCCCUCAUCACGUUUCAGCAGUUACACCAACCCCUGUCUGAAAGUCCAACGCACUCCUCAACGCCAGUGACCAACAUCAUGAGAAUCAACUGCAGCGGGUCCCAGGUCAAACUGGAAAUUCAAGAAAUUCUGCAGCUCAACACAUCCGGCACCAAGACCACGUUUGUUUUUACGAAUGACAAGAGGGACGUCGCUGAGACGAGCAGACGUGAGGAGACGUGGACUCCGAACAACAAAGCAGAUAAAAACUACAGGUUUACUUUUGGCAGCUCGAGCAACAACACGGAGGAAGUUAGUGGUUCAAACUCCAAAAUAUGGGACGACUCAAGCUGCUGUCGAUGCUGCGUCGGUCACAAACCAGACAAACCAACAGACUGUUGGUCAGUAAAUCCUCCAUCGAGUCCGCCGCUCCACGUCACAGCUCAGGAGAAGAGGCAGCGGUUUCACAAAAGCAUGGAUGCGUUCUGGGACAUUCCUCCACCGCAGGAGUUUGCAGACGUUAAAUACAACCCUCUGGACGACCUGACGCUCCGGCUGCAGUCCUGUGGGAUCAGAACCCAGAGUCCUGCCCACCACCACCUGGGAGAGUCCGGCCUGGCACAUCCAGCACCUUCUUUUGAUCAGUUUUCAGAUUCUGAUAAUUACGAGCCCAUGUUCAUGAGACCGUCUCUGUCCACCAACAGGUCCAGCUUCACCAAAGACUUCAUCAGCUCCCAGAAGAGAAAAUCCUGGAUCAGAAACAACAGCAUCGCCACCGUCCAACACAGAGCGUGUCCCUUACCACAGAAGAGGCGGCAGACGUUUCCUGGGACGUCAGAAGCUGUGGAGUUGAUGCAGGACGAUCUGCUGCUGCCCUACACCGAGUCGUUCUCCUCGUUGAUCAUGUGCUCGCGUCCUGUCCAAUCAGAGGAGCUGGGGACGAGUCACCACGGCAACGACAAGGUCCCUGCAUUUGGAAUUGGAAAUGAUGGUUCUUCUAAACAAAGCAGCCAUGAGGAGAAGCCACCACGGCUCAGUCCGUUCUGUUUGACGAGCUCUGAAGAAAAUGCUGAUGACGUGUUCGGUGUCGCUGGAGGACGAGGACACGGUGAUGAAGACACGAGACAGGACUUCAAACAGAGCGUCUGCACAGACCGAGACAGUCUGGACACUGAUGACUGUGACUGUAAAGUCGAUCAAACUGAAGUCGCAGACAGUGGAUUCGAUCAGGACGUAGAAUUUCCCGACUCAGAGAAGCUCUGUCAAAAAGCUCUUUCUAUCCAGGUCAUCCCUCCGUCCCGCAGCGGCUCAGAGGAACAGGUGCUGCAGAUUCAUCCCGUCAAGCUGGAGAAUCAAGAGGACUCAGUGUCAUCUUCACAUUCGUCCUCAGUCACGACUCUGAGUGUCGGUGCACUACAGCAAAGAUUCCUGCAGAUGGACCUGAAGUCUUCACAGAGUGGGACGGACUCUAAACCAGCUGCUGAAGAAACAGGAAACACCUCCACGUGUCUGUCGCUGACGUCCGAGGAGACGAAAGAUCUGCAGCAGGACGCAGGACGAAGAGGAACCGAGGACAAAGCUGCUUCCUGUCCUGACGCAGAAAUCUACGCCAAGGAGCAGCUGGGUAAAACCUACAAGGCCGAGAGACACAGGGUGUCCAGAUGUUCCAUAGACGCCAAAGAGCAUCUGAGGCCUGUGAUGCACAAGGAGGCCGAGGGCGGCGGCGGCGGCGGCGGCGGCGACCACUGGGCCAAGAGACGAAAGCUCUUUAAAGAUAGUAAACAGUGGAGCUCCGCUGGAGGAAGCUCCAUCACCAGUGAUCUCACAGAGGAAUCAGUAUCUGAGGACACUCGCUCUAUGGACAUGACGACUCGAGACAAUGAGGACGGAGGUUUUUAUAUGGAGACGUUCCACUCGUCAGCGUGGAUUUACCAAGGAGACCACGUGGAUUCGGGAAUUAUUCCUCCGAGCCUCAACACCAGAACUCGAGCAGUUUCAAUUCGAGAGCGGACGGUCAGGAUCAGUAAAGGAACAGGAGAGUAUCCCUGGGGCUUUCGGAUUCAGUUCUCUAAACCCAUCGUGGUCACGGAGGUCGACACGAACGGAGCCGCUGAAGAAGCCGGUCUGAUGGUCGGAGAUUUCGUCCUCGCUGUGAACGGGACGGAUGUCACCAGCAUCCCUCACUCGGAGGCGGCUGAUUUGGCGCGACAAGGUCCAGAUGUUCUCACACUGACCAUCGGGUCAGACAUCGCUUGUGCUCCUAACACCCCCCGGCCGGGGUGUCGGGGUUACCUUCACAAACGCACCCAGUCUGGUCUGAUUAAAGGCUGGAGGAAGAGGUGGUUCGUUCUCUCACAUGACUCCUGUCUUUACUACUACCGGCACAAACGGGAUGAAGGAAAGAGACGAGCUCUGUCAGCGGUGAAGCUCGAGGGAGCCGAGGUCGGACAAGACGUUUCUCUGGGAAAACCCUUUGUGUUCAAAUGUCGCCCCCUGUCUGUGAAUCGAGUUUUCUUCUUCUGUGCUACGUCCAACCAGGAGAUGAAAAGGUGGCUGGAAGCGAUGGAGCGAGCGAUUCAUCCUAUUGCACAGAACCACGUGUGGGUGGACGUCACCAGACACAACUCCAGUCUGCCCCCGCUGGCCAUGAAGAACCCGGAGUGUCUCGGUUUGCUUCAUAAAAUGGACAAGAACAAAGACGUGUGGGCUCAACACUACUGCAUCCUGAAGGACGGAUGUCUCUACCUGUACAGCGGCAUCCGAGCGACUCAUGCCCACGGUGGCAUCUACCUGCAGGGCUACACGGUUCGAGAGCAGCCGUACGGAUCCAAGAAAUCCACCAUUGAGCUGAAACCUCCGUCUGAAGAGUUCAAGACGUUUCACCUCUGUUCCGAACAUCCCAACGAGAACAAACGAUGGAUCCUUGCGAUCAAAGCUUCGGUGAAGAAGUGGCUGCUGUUACAUCAGGCUCUUCAGGAUUCCAUGAACCGCCCAGCAGAGGAAACCAGGAUGUGAGAACAGGGACCAGGUCUGGACUCACAGGACCUGGACAGGUUCAACCUGCUGUUCAUGGGUCAGGUUCUGCUGCUGCAGAGAUUCAGACGUCACGUAGUCGUGUCCAUUUGCCUCCUCGGUGAACGUGAGAAAAGAAGAUGCUUUAUAUUUUGCACUUUAGUUUUCUGUUCCACUUUAAUUUGGAGGAUUGCUCUUUUUCAGACUUUAUCUUAUAACCUUAUGUUAUGUACAUUUUCAUUUCCUUUUUACUUACAUGUAUAUUUGCCAUCGUGUCUUCUUCUUUUCCAUGUUUCCUUUCUGAAAUGAUCCGUCUCUUUUUCUUUAUUCCUCUUGUUCUAUCACUUUAUUUAACCAGUCACAGUUUGUUUUAUACUGAUUCUGUAUUCAUGUGUUUUUCUGCUGAACUGUAAACUCACACGAGAACACAAGCUUUUGAUACUGUUAUUAUCUGCUGUCGAACAAAUACAGUUAUCAAAGUGUGUUAGUCAAAUAAAUUCUACAAUCAAA